AUGCCUAAAACAAAGAAACUCCACAGAGUUAACAGAUCCAGUCCGAUAGAAGUAUCCAAAGCAAUAAACACAGGAUCAUCAGCCAAACUCAAAAAGAAAAUCCGAGACAUUGAAAGACUCCUAACCAAGAAUGAUAAGUUACCAUCAGACAAGAAGAUUGAAUAUGAACGAGCUCUUAAAGGUCUUAAAGUAGAGCUACAAAACUCACAAACUGUUCUCAAAACUAAACAAAAUGCCACCAAGUAUCACAUGGUUCGUUUCUUUGAAAGAAAGAAAGCUAUAAGGAAAUUGAAGCAACUGCGCAAAGCAUUUGAAGAGGUUCAAAAGACAGAAGUACGGAAAGAUAUUAAAAAGGCAAGAAAACAAUUGAAGCAUGGUGAAAUUGAUUUAAUGUACGUUUUGCUUUUUCCCAAGUCAGAGAAGUAUAUAUCAUUAUACCCUAGUGCCAAUGAUGAAGAUUUAUCUGAUCCUAAUGUCAAGAUUGGAUUACGCAAGACCGAGGCAAGGAGAUUGGAGUUUAGAAAAGAAGUGGAAAAGAUGAUGGAGGAAGGUAAGGUGCCGUUUACAGUAGAUGACAUAUUAAGUGGCAAGAAAGUCAACACUGAUGUUGGUGCUAAUGCUAGAGUUGCGCCUGCCGAAGAAAUUGAUGCACCAGAGCAAAAAGAACCUGAAUCACAAGAAGAUGAUUUCUUUGAGUAG